AUGUCGAGCUACACAGCGGAACAGCUUGCUGUCGCUCGUGAACUCUCAGCAGGCUAUAGAUCACGUAGCGGCAAGUCCAGAGGCAGAGCAACCGGCCGGCCAGGCGGUGGCAUCUCAGGUUUUUCAUAUCCCACCCGAGCCUCCAUUAUUAGACCGCAGGCAUCCCUACUUGCUUCAGGCGGUGGUCAGGCAAGCGGCUCUGGCAGAAUUGCCUUACGUGGCAAUGCAGGAGCUUCCCGAGAUGCUGCACCUGCCACCGGUGGCCGAUGCAGUGGUAGACCAGCUCGUAAUACUCACCCAGUCAGCGUCCCAACGGGUCGAACAUCCGCCAGUCCAUUCACCAAUCCCAACUACUCCCCCGCAAACAUAGCUCGGGGACAGGGCGACACCCCCCGGGUCUCAGAUUACGCCGCAUCGGCUACGGAAACGGUCGGUGCCAGCUACGUCUGCGGAAAUCAUGGCAACACGCUGGGAGUGUCUCGCCCUGCUCAUUUACAUGCCAACCCAAUCAUGGUAGCUGACACUGAAGUCACAAAUGGUCAUGGCUCGGCUUAUGUCAGAGAGCAUAUCAAGCCAGAUCCGCAAGUUCAUGGUUCAGGCGCAGCUCCCAUAGAGGAUAACAAGAAAAUCGAUGCACACUAUACUGCUACUUCGGAUAGUCCAUCAAAAGCUAUGUCUGAACCAGACCAUUGCCCUUUCCCUAAUAGCCUCGCAAACGGAAACUCGAAUCCGGGCAUCAUUGAAGUUGAAGUUGCUGAGGGACAGAAAGCAAAGAUUGACACAUCUCAGCCCGUGAUCUGGAACUGGAUGAGCGGCGAGGCACCCAAAGUCCGGCCACCUACAGCCAUUGCAGAGGAUUCGGAGUCUCUUUACGAAGACUCGGCUGAUAUUUUUUCAAAGAAACCAUUCGGCCACCGCCUUCCGUCUCUGAUCUUGGAGCCUAUAGUGCACUUCGACCACAAUUUGCCGCCUCCGGUUGUUGAGUACUAUCAAUCGCCCAGUGAGCAGUCAAUUGAUCGAGACUAUGAUUCUUUUCAAGACACAACCACACAAAAACAUCAACAGGCAGAGCCUUCCGGGCAUCAGCACGGGAAUUGCACGUGCGAUAGGGACCUAAGAACUGUCAAGGGUUUGCGAGGCUCUCGCUUCUCACAAGACGAUACGCGGCCGGCACGGAACCAGAAUCGGUUUACCGGUGCCUGCCCCGUUCACUACGAGCAAACAGUCCAUGAGCUUGGUACCACCUUAUCAAGCUUCAUACUUUGA